UCUGUUUCAGGACGUUCAAAGACAUUCGGUACACACAUUAGUGUUUCGAUCUUUAAAACGAACACACGACAUGUUUCUGUUGAAUCAAGGAAUCUUACCACCAGUGAAUCCUGCAUUGCAACAAAUAAAAAAGUCCAUCAAGGCAAAGGAUUGUUACGGUCCAGUAUUAGAACAGGUGAAACAAAAUAACGCCUUGAUGGCCAAAAAUCAUCAAGAAAACAAAGCGGAUCCUCCACCACCUGGAGAUGAAACUUUUGGAGUGAAUGCAGGAGCGGUUGUAGUAUCACAUAUACAGAACACAAAAAAAGUAGAUAAUAUAACCAAUAGCGCGCUAACAAUACCGCAAAAGAAAAUACCCUCAAUGGCAAAACCCAAGUGGCAUGCACCUUGGAAGUUGUACAGAGUUAUUAGCGGUCAUCUGGGAUGGGUAAGGUGUUGUGCUAUUGAGCCUGGAAAUGAAUGGUUUGCUACCGGCUCAGCUGACAGAGUAAUUAAAAUAUGGGACCUUGCAAGCGGUAAAUUGAAAGUUUCGUUGACUGGUCACAUAAGCAGCGUCCGCGGUCUGGCGUUUUCCAAAAGACAUCCCUACUUGUUCUCUUGCGGCGAGGAUAGACAGGUCAAGUGUUGGGAUCUCGAGUAUAAUAAAGUAAUCAGACAUUACCACGGGCAUUUAUCUGCUGUAUACUCUCUGGCGUUGCAUCCCAGUAUAGACGUUCUCGUGACAGCGGGACGCGAUUCUACGGGACGUGUGUGGGACAUGCGCACAAAAGCGAAUGUCCACACGCUUGUUGGCCAUACCAACACAGUGGCCAGUUGCAUAUGUCAAUCCGCAGAACCCCAAAUCAUCACUGGCAGCCAUGACUGCACAAUUCGCUUGUGGGAUUUGGCUGCCGGAAAAUCGAUCGCCACACUGACGAAUCACAAGAAGAGCGUUCGAGCCCUGACAUUCCAUCCGUCCUUAUACAUGUUCGCCUCGGCGUCUCCAGACAAUAUCAAGCAGUGGAAAUGUCCGGAAGGGAAAUUCAUUCAGAAUUUAUCCGGUCACAAUGCCAUAGUGAACUGCUUGGCUGUGAACGAGGACGGGGUUUUAGUCUCCGGCGCUGACAACGGUACUAUGCACCUCUGGGACUGGAGAACGGGAUACAAUUUUCAACGGCUUCAGGCGCAGGUUCAACCCGGUUCGAUGGACAGCGAGGCUGGGGUGUUCAGUAUCACAUUUGACAUGUCGGGCACUCGCAUGAUCACCACCGAAGCAGACAAGACCAUAAAGGUCUACAAAGAAGACGAAACCGCUACGGAAGAAACACAUCCAGUCGACUGGCGACCCGACAUAAUAAAACGAAGAAAAUACUAAAGUUUUACUCACGGACUUUCUAUUUAUGUAAUUUAACAAUUAUGUUAUACAAAGUUAUUCUUUGUAUUCGAUGUUUUCUUAAUUAAAAAAAAAAAAGAUGUUUAGUAAGAAAAAUUAUAGGGGUAAGAGAUACAGUGAUUGGCCACUUAAGGAAAACUGCGCUAUAUAGAGUAAAUUAUAAAAUUAAAUUUAAUAACUUGAAGUAAAUCUUCAGUACUACUAGCUCAAACAAACUAUAACAAUCGCAAAUAAACUAAUAAAUUUAUUAGAAAAUUUG